CAGGACGCACUGGUUGGUAGAGGAGCUGGAUGUCUGUAGAAGGUGUCAGUGAAUCUGCAGGCUUGCAAAACUUCCAGCAGCCUUCAGCUGGAAAACAAACGGGCACCUAUAUUCAACACGAAGCUUUCGUGCUCCUCACAACAAGUGCGCAAAAGGCAAGACCCACAGACCGCUCCUCUGCAGAUGAACUCUCAUUAACCAGUGCUGAUCUUCAUGGUGGAUGAGCAGAAUGGUUCUUCUUCUGCGAAGAUCAGAAAAUGAACACCACUCUGUGUGACUCUGAAGCGACCAUGUAUCACCUGAUGACAGACCACCAACUGAAUGCCAGCUGCAACUACUCCUCGCCCACUUCCAACUGGACAGCGGGUGGCGGCGCCCUGCAGCUGCCCACAUUCACCACAGCAGCCAAAGUCAGGGUGAUCAUCACCUGCAUUCUCUGCGGCAUAUCAGCCUUUUGCAACCUGGCUGUGCUGUGGGCGGCGCACAUCGAUGGGAAGCGCAAAUCUCAUGUCAGGGUGCUCAUAAUCAACCUGACGGUGGCUGAUCUGCUGGUGACCUUCAUCGUGAUGCCUGUGGAUGCCGUGUGGAACAUCACAGUCCAGUGGCUUGCUGGGGACUUUGCCUGUAGGCUACUGAUGUUUCUUAAGCUGCAGGCGAUGUACUCCUGCGCCUUUGUCACCGUGGUGAUCAGUCUGGAUAGGCAAUAUGCCAUCCUCGACCCUCUGGCCAUCAAUAAGGCAAGAAAGAGGAACAGAGUCAUGCUGACUGUGGCGUGGGGCAUGAGCGUUGCGCUGUCAGUCCCUCAGAUAUUCCUUUUCCACAAUGUGACCAUCAUCCACCCCGAAGACUUCACUCAGUGCACCACACGUGGAAGUUUCAUCACUCACUGGCAUGAAACAGCCUACAACAUGUUCACUUUUUCCUGCCUGUUCCUGCUGCCGCUGAUCAUCAUGAUCACCUGCUACACCAGGAUCUUUUGUGAGAUCUCCAAACGACUGAAUAAGGACAACUUGCCCUCCAAUGAAGUACAUUUGCGUCGUUCGAAGAAUAACAUCCCUAGAGCUCGGAUGAGAACUCUAAAAAUGAGUAUUGUGAUUGUCUCGUCUUUCAUUAUCUGCUGGACUCCAUACUACCUACUGGGCCUGUGGUACUGGUUCUUCCCUGAUGACCUGGAGGGGAAGGUUUCCCACUCCCUGACGCACAUCCUCUUCAUCUUUGGGCUUGUUAACGCCUGCCUGGACCCAGUCAUCUAUGGACUGUUCACCAUUCACUUCCGAAAGGGGCUCCGGAGGUAUUACUGCAAUGCCACCACGGUGUCCGACCUGGAUAAUAACACGGUUAUAACUGGAUCUUUCUCUUGCACUGCCAACUCUUUGCCACUGAAAAGACAUGUGAGCCCCGCUAGCCAGGAGAUGUUCAUACUGUGCAGUGAUAACUGCAGAAAAACAGAGUCAACGUCACCAAGAAGCAGCUUUUUAAUAGCAGACAUUGGCACAGAGACAGAUCCAAAUCAGUCCAGCCCCAAGAGCAUCAUAUGACGAUGGGUGGAGGUUCCUUGACAGUUUUUACUACUUUGCAUAAUGUUGUAAUAGUACUGUUGUAUUUAUUCAGUGUCUGAUGUGUGGGGUUCUGUAUUGUAUCUUCACAAAGUAUAUAAUGUGCUUCUGUGUAAAUGGUGGCUGGUCAGAAAAUAUAGAAGAUAUCCUUGAAGAGGAUAAAAUAAAUACACUGAUUACACUACGCCAACACAAUGGGCUCUUGUUACAAAGGAAUGUUGCUUUGUAAAUUGUAACUUGUGUUGUUUAUCUUUAAU